GUGCCAUGGACGGUACGGGCACCACACCACCACUGCCGCCGUCGACGCCGCCGCCAUCAAGUCCGCUGCCAGAGGAUGUGCCAAGCACCUUGCCGCUUCCGCACACACCACCAUCCAGCCCGAUUCCGUCGAAUGAAGCCGAAGUGAACACACUUCCGCUCCCAUCGACACCGUCGAGCCCUUUACGACCAGCCCUGGCUGGUGUUCCACACACAUCGCCGUCCAGUCCGAUUGCGUCCAAUGAAGUCGAAGUGAACACGCUUCCACUUCCGUCGAUACCGCCGUCGAGCCCUUUACGACCAGUACUGACUGGUGUUCCCCAUACACCUCCAUCAAGUCCGAUUGGGGCGACUGAAGCACACGUGAACACUCUACCACUUCCAUCGACACCGGCGUCGAGUCCAUUACGACCAGCCCUGGGCGGUGUUCCCAAUACGCCGCCUUCGAGUCCGUUGCGUCCGGCUCUGGCUGUUCCAGACACCCCACCGUCGAGCCCACUCUCUCCUUUGGAAUCAACUCAGCAGCAGCACCAUGCCGCCAUCAUGCGCAACGCUCCCGCGACCCCACCGUCGCCAUCUUCGUUCUCCCAACCGUCCGUGUCGAUUUCAGCCACCGCGGAUCACCAUCCUCACUACACGCCACAAGAUUUCUCAGCGUCCAUCGAUGCGACGCCCAUGCCGCGGUACCUAGGGCGGUACUCGGAGGGCGACAUCAACGUCGGGUUGAACCGGCCGCUUCCUCGAGGGGAUCUGGGUCGGUCCCAGGUCCGCUUGGACCUGCCAGCAGCUCCCUUCCGGGUCAUCGCUCCAACUGCUGACAGCCCGCCGUCGUCGCCCAUGUCGGGUCGCCACCCGCACCUCCCCGCCGCGCCGGCGUCCCCCGGCUCGGCCAGCGCCAGCCUUCGUCCCGCGGAAGACGUCGACAUGGCCGCGCCGCCCACCGCCGAGCAGUCGUACUCGAACGCGGUCGUGUGGGGAACCAACGUCAACGUGGCCGACAGCAUGCGCGUCUUUAGGACGUUUCUCCAUGAGUUUGUUCCCGCGCAACUGGCCGGCGCGGACGAGAGCUACUACCGCAAGGUGCUUCGGCAGAUCCAGUUGACCCAGGACGGCGUGUUCAACUUGGAUUGCCAGCAUUUGCUCCAUUUUCAGGAUGACACCAAGGGCUUGUACACCCAGCUGCUUCAUUUUCCUCAAGUGCUCGUGCGUAUUCUCGAUAUGGUCGUCCAAGAAGCGUACCAAACCAUGUUCCCCCACGAACCCGACGCGGCUCGCAUUCAAGUGCGCCCGUUCAAUCUGAAGGAAGUCCAGGCGAUGCGCAACCUCAACCCAAGCGACAUUGAUCAGCUCGUGUCCCUCCAGGGCAUGAUCACGCGGUGCUCGGCGGUGAUUCCAGACCUGAAAAUGGCCUUUUUUAGAUGUACCACCUGUCAUACAGACGUCCAAGUCGAGUUGGACCGCGGUCGGAUCGACGAACCGUCGAUUUGCACCAACUGCCAGUCGCGCAACUCGAUGGAAAUCAUGCACAAUCGAUGUGCGUUUACAGACAAACAGCUCGUCAAGAUGCAAGAAACCCCCGACGCCAUUCCCGAAGGCGAGACCCCGUACACGGUGAUGCUGUUUUGCUUUGACGACCUCGUGGACGACGUCCGGCCGGGCGACAAGAUCCAAGUUACAGGCAUCUUCCGCGCCGUGCCUUUGCGCGCCACCGUCAAGCAGCGCGUGGUGAAAUCCGUCUUCAAAACAUAUGUGGACGUGGUGCACUUCCGCAAGGUGGACGAACUGUACAACCAAGGCGUGGAUGGUUUCAAGGACGCCAACGCCGUCGACGCCGUCACUAUGGCCAAGCUCGACGAGUUUAAACGCAUUGCGGCGGACCCACUCGUGUAUGAAAACCUGUCGCAUUCGUUGGCCCCGUCCAUCUGGGAACUCGACGACGUCAAAAAAGGCGUGCUGUGCCAACUAUUUGGCGGGGCGCGAAAGGGGGGCUCCGGCGGUCCCGAGAAGAAGCACACGCGGUCUGACUUGAACGUGCUCUUGUGUGGCGACCCGGGGACAUCCAAAUCACAGCUGCUCUCGUACGUGCACAAGCUGGCGCCCCGAGGCAUCUACACGAGCGGCAAGGGCAGCUCCGCGGUCGGGCUCACGGCGUCCGUAGUAAGAGACAUGGAGACGGGCGACCUCGUGCUCGAGAGCGGGGCGCUGGUGCUGUCUGACGAGGGCAUCUGCUGCAUCGACGAGUUCGACAAAAUGUCUGACUCGGCCCGGAGCGUUCUCCAUGAAGUGAUGGAGCAGCAGACCGUGUCCAUUGCCAAGGCCGGCAUCAUCUGCUCACUCAACGCUCGCGCUUCCAUCUUGGCGUCGGCGAAUCCGAUUGAAUCGAGAUACAACCCCGCGAAAAGUGUGAUUGAAAAUAUUAAUAUCCUCCCCACGCUACUCAGUCGAUUUGACUUGAUCUACUUGAUCCUGGAUCGACCAAAUGCCGACGCCGACCGCCAACUCGCGCGGCACAUUGUGAGCAUGUACUACGACGGGUACACGGUGUCGGCCACGACGCGGACGUCGGAAGUGAUCUCCAUGUCCGUCUUGUCCGAGUACAUUGCGUAUGCAAAGAAGCACGUGCAUCCCAAGCUCACGGAAGCGGCGGCGGCGGACCUCAUUGCCGGGUACUUGGACCUCCGGCGCAUGGGCAACAGUCGGAAGAACAUCACGGCAACCCCUCGACAGUUGGAAUCGCUCAUUCGCAUCUCCGAAGCCCUGGCCAAGAUGAAGUUGAGCGACGCUGGUGGGUUCAACGAGCGCGAGAAAGUGCGUUCAAGACUCACGUGUGUGUUUGCUUGUCUAGUGACGUCGAGCGAAGUGGCGGAAGCGUUGCGUCUCAUGCACGUGGCGACGCAAAAGGCCGCGAUGGACCCGCGCACCGGCACCAUCGACAUGGACAUGAUCACGACGGGGUUGGCGACGCUGGAUCGACAGACGCUCAGUGUGAUGGUGGCAGAUCUCAAGUUGAUCCUCGAGGCCGCCGAAGGGGCGAUGAGUUUGGGGGAGGCCAAGCGCAAGUUGGACGAGGCACGCAACGCCGAAACGAAGCCCACCGACUUCCAAUCGGCCAUUCGACUCUUGGAGGAAGAGAGUCUCGUGCAGAUCAGUCACGGCACCCUUCGGUACAUGGGCUCGAUAGACUCGUAAAGAUCGUGUAUAUGUACAGCGAGAAGAGAACCACGUCCAUGUUGUUGUUGCUUUGUCUCUUCAUGGCUUGGGCCUCGUGGUUUGUCGUUUGUCCCUUCAGCCUCCCGCUCCCUUGAGGAUCGCAUGAGAUCGAGUCAGAAGCAUUAACCGCCGGUCGCCAAAGAUACAAAUGGUCGGGCAAAUGAAAAAUAUAAAAGGGGG